AUUACGCCCGCCAUGAACGAGUUUGUUGUCAUUCGAAACGAAAUUUAUGCUCCAAAAUAUGAUAAUGUCACGAUAUUCGAGCAUUAAGUGAGGGAAGUUUAAGAAGAAGUUAUAUAUCCGUCGGAAAUAUCUAGCUACGUGGCGGUAAAUAAAAAUAUUUUUUUAGAAUGGCAUUACCCACAAUCCCGGGCUACUGGACAAGCAGACGCAAUAUCUAUGAGCAGGCAAUCGUUAGUCGUCGAAAUCAUGAGACAGAUUUCAGACAGAAGUGGUCAGAAGCAUCUGACCACUUCAACAAGAUGGACAUUGACGCCUCCAAGAAGAAAACAUGGAUGUCUGAUCAGUCAUUUCAGGACAGGUGCAUGGAUGCCUACAAGUCACGGACAGAGAAGGAUAUCAAAGCUCUCAGCUUGAAGCGGAGGCGAUCUAAGCUAGCAGAGCUCAUACACGAGGAGAAUCUCCAGUUUGAGGCUGAGCUGCGGGGUUACUCGCGUGACAACUACAGUCGUAUGGAGGAGAUGAGGAAUCGAGCAGAUGGUCUGAAAAGUGCUCGUGAGGAGAAAAGAAAACAUAUGGCAGAUGAGAAGCUGUAUGAACACUGGAAGCAGAAUAACCCCGACAUUAGGAAGGUGGAACAGAGCCUGCUGCAGGAGCAUGUGGUCAACUCAUGGCCGGACCAGGUCGAAGAGCAGAGAGAGAGGAUGGAGAGUGCACGGCGCGAGAAGGAGAAGUAUGAGGAGGAGAUGGAGCUGGAGAGACAGGCUGCUGUGGAAGCGGAGAAACAGCGUGCAGAGGAGAAACUGGUGGAGGAGAAGAGGCUGAAGGAAGUCCUGAAGGAGCAGAUGAUGGAGCUGAAGAAGAGGGAGGAAGAGACGGCCAUGUUGAAAUAUGAGCAAGACAGUCUACAGCGACAACAGUGGGAGCUGGAGCAAUUGGAGGACACACGGAGGAGGACAGAGGAUGCUCGCAAGAAACAGGAGUUUGGGCGAAUCCUGUUGCGGCAACACAAGGCCCAGCUGAUGCGGCGCUCUCGACAAAUACAGCAAGAGCUGGAACAGGACCACAAGCUGCUAGAGGCUCUGCUUGAGAAGGAGGAGGCCGACCUCAUCCUUCACACAGCCCGCAAGGAGAAGGCCAAGGCUGAUGCCACCUGGAUGAAACAGGUGAUUGAGGACCAGCUGAGAGUGGAGAAGGCAAGAGAAGCAGAGCUGGACAUGCUCUACCAGGAUGAGGCAGCGAGGAUGUGGCAGAAACGGGAGGCAGACUGGGAGAAGGAGAAGCAGGCCAGGGAGAGGCUCAUGCAGGAGGUGUUGGCAAGCAGGCAGGAACAGAUUUCGGACAAGAUGUUGGUGAUUCAGCAGCGAGAGGAAGAGAUCCUGGAGCAGCGAGAGCAGUUAGUGAGGGAGAUGGAGAUCGCCAGUCAGCUGACUCGCCGUGACCAGGAGCAGCAGGAGGCAGCCCGGGAGGAGCUCAAGCUGAACCUUGCUGAACAGGUAACUGCUCGGCGAGACCGUGAGGAGUCAGCAAGGCAGCGGCUACAGGAGGAACUACGUGAGGAGAAGGCGGCGGUGGAUGAUUAUGAGGAGAUGCUUCGUCAGGAGACUAACAGGAUGAAGAUUCAUGGAUAUACACCACGGCAACAGGGACGAAGACAGGCCUGGAUGUGAGGUAACUACCUUGAUUGCUCCACCAGAAACUGGGAGUGGGAGAUAUGAGAAGACCAUGGAUCUGUACACAAACCCAUGGAAUGGAUGAAUGUGAGGAAAAGACCUUGAUCUCAGCAUGCCAAACUCGGAAUGAGAGAUUUGGGAAGAAAAUGAACACUUUACCCAGAACAGUGAGGGGCCGUCAGAUGACCUUGACAGCUGUAUACUUUAAGAUAUUUGAUACCGGAGUUGGGUGUUGUUAAGUAGUGCUCAACAUGGUCAUACUCACAGAUCCAGAAAACUUAUGGGUGUGACUGGCAUGGAAUUCAGUCAGGUUAGAUGGAUGACUGAUGUGAAAGAAUGUAACGAACACUGUGAUAGUUUACCAUGCUGAGCAUGGAGUAUCAGCUUUGCCAUCUGAGGACUUUGUAAACCUGAUGCCAGUCUAGGUGGAGCAGAUAUACAAGAUCUGGAUGAAGAAAUCUUUGAAUGUAGAAGUGUUCUAGUUUCACAGCAAAAUCACACCUGGAGUAUAGAGUGCAGCAGGCAGCGCCAUGAUGUCUCUCUUAGUCAGGAUGUGUCCGUCAAAACAGCUGGCUUGAUUGAGGAAGCUGAGUGACUCAACCCUCUAUGGUUGUUUCAAAAUGUGAUAUUUGACAGAUUUGGACAGAUUUCUAUGUGUGGAUGAUUGUAAAUGAAGAAAUGAAUGCUGACUCUCCCAUUUUAACUAAUGUAACUGAAAAAGGGCUCUAUGUCUGUUAUCAAUCUGUAACCAUGACGACAGCUGGAUGAAACUGUCAGUGGCACUGUGGUAACUUCCUGGUUAACGAAAUACAGAUAUUGAUUGUCUUUUUUAACUGUCACAGUUUUACAUUUGUAUGUUUAUCAUUUUAUACAUUAUAUGUUUGUCUGGUUACCAAGUCACUGUUUGUUACCAUGGUUACAUGCUGAUGUCAUAUUGCUGAUGCAUAAUGGUACUACAAGAUGCCAGCCCAGGUGCCAUGAUAUGUUACUCUGUAAGUACCUGUACUAUGUACUCCUGUUGGGGAACAGGUGCCCUGUAUACACUGUCACAAUACACUGUGUAGAGUUGCAUCCCUUGAGCACUCAAGAACCUAAGAUUGUGGGGUCGGAUCUCAUUUUGGUUUGUAGGUUGGACAGCACCAUACCUGUGCUCAUGGGUUUUAACAAAAUAGUAAAUGUCUGAAACUGUCAUCACUUGAGGUUUUUCUCCCUCAAGCUGACAUUCCUUGAUACUGCAGGAUUUCUGUUCAAAGCAGUGUUAAAAACCAACUCACUGUGGUCAUUGUGUUGGGGUUGAUAUUGAAGUCAGUAGUGCCUUAUUUUCACCAUGUGUUUUUGUGUUCUCUUCCUGUCCAGGUGUCACUGUUAACUUAUAACUCAAUCUUUAAAUUUGUGUAAACUGGACCUGUUGUGUUUCAGUGUAAUUGAUCAGUCUUUUCAGUUUAAGAAUUUAAUGAAUCAUAUCCUGCAUCAAUCAGAUUCUAAUGUUUACUUGCAAUGUUUCAUUCUGCAAAAAGACAUUUAUCACUGACUUUGUACAAUGAACUGUCACAAGGUAUUACCAAAACAUGAUUUCUUGGUGUCCUGUAGGCCCAGGAGCUCAUCUUCACCAUGAGAUUAGGCCCUUUGGCUCUCGGAAACACCCUGGAUGACAUUUUAUUGUUGGUGCGUUAGCAGGUGCUUGUAGCUGCUGCCAGGCCAGUAGUGUGUGUGUAGCAGUUUUAGAAACACAGCAUUGUAAACAAUAGCAGGUGCCUGUUGCUGCUGGUGGUUUCUAGAAGAGUGACACAGGUGUACCUUUCCACAGCAUGAAAGGUUUAUGAAAUUUGACAGAUAUGUUUACAUUUUACAAUUUGAUAAUUUUUGUGAAAUAUUUUAGCAGUUGCAUGGCUAUAUCAAAAAGGAGAUAUUUAUUAGUCAUUGCUGAAACAAACCAUGUAUAUAGUGUAUUAUAAACUAUGUAGUCUGUAUACGGUGUUCGUGUACACCAUGUGCAGCAUUCCUGUACAUCAGCUAACUCCACCUUCAUACCAGUCCAGACAGGUAUCACAAAUAAAUUAUUAUGACAACUA